AUGAAAAAAUAUUACAUAAGAAAUACAUCUGUUGUUUGCAAUGACGGAUCUACUCCAAGUUAUUUUUUGAGAAAAUCUACGGAACCUAGAUGGAUUAUAUUUUUAGAAGGUUGGGGCUGGUUGUGUUUUGACAAAAAUACGUGCACGAAUCGCUGGCGAAAUAGUCCCGAUCUCAUGUCUUCAAAAUUUUUACCUUCUUUUAUUAAAGGACAAGGCAUCCAGUCAAACGACGAAAACGAAAACCCUUUCAUUUGGAAUGGCAAUCAUGUUUACGUGCCAUACUGCUCGAGUGAUUUAUGGAGCGGGUCUUUUAAAUCUCUUGAAAAAGAUGGAUUUUCUUUUAUGGGUGCGUUAAUCAUCGAGGAAGUUAUUAAAGACAUUUACAUUAAAAUAAUUUUCGAUAUUAAUUUAGCUUUUGGUUCCGACAUUAGCGCAGGCGGAACUGGAGUGCUUUUGAAUAUUGAUAGCGUUGCUAGAAUGAUUCGAAAUACCAUGCGAAGACUGAAAAUCAAAACAAAUCCUCAGUUGACCAAUUAUAAAAAACUAACCAGCGAUCGUGUAGUUGUAAAAGGCAUAGCGGACUCAGGAUGGUUUAUUGAAAACGAUCAAACUUCAUUCAGCAAGUGUACUGAUUCACUAUUUUGUUCUCCUGUUGAAGUUAUUAUUAAAGCAAUCAGAUAUUGGAACACUGUUAUUCCUUUGCCUUGUCGGUAUAGAUACAUCAAUAAUCCGUGGAAAUGCUUCUUUGGGCAUCAUAUAUACCCAACAUUACUAACCGAAGUGUUUGUAGUGCAAAACCUUUUUGAUGAAGCUCAAAUUAUAAUGAACAAUGUAGGCGUCCAAUCGGUUUACGAUCAGCAAAAUCAGAUGAGAAAUCUGGGAGUCAAAAUUAAAAGUUCAUUGUCUAGCGUCAAAUUUAUGUUUGUGCCAGCUUGUUUAUCUCAUGCUAUUCUUUUGCGAAGCGAUUGGCGUAUCAUUGAAAUUGAAAGCAUUUCAUUACCAGAGCUUUUGUAUUGCUGGGGAAAACAUAACAAACGUGAUAACAUCCUAAAGUACAAAAAUAUGAAUCACUAUAAUCUUAUGGACAGAUGUCAAUGGCCCCAAUGUAAUUUAUCAUGUCCGAAGUUCAAAGACGCACACUCGAGUUACGAUAAUGUUUUUUCAAGAUUCCAGCUGGAUUCACAAAAUUUGUCUGAAUCGUUUGGUGUCGUUAAUAAUAUGUUAGAAACUAGAUGA